UCGUCCAUAGCCAUCAGUUCGAGUUCAACGUCAACAGGUGUUACAGUCGUGUGCAGUUAUUAUUAUAUUCCUCGCGUUCCGUUACUAACAUUGGACAUAUUUUUUUUUUUUUUAAUUUUCUGUUCGCUAUUUGCUCUUCUUUUUUUUUGUCUGUCGUUUUUAUAAUCUUUUUUUUUAGAAAUUACGUUCGUUACUUGUUCCAGAGGAUUCAUACGGAUAUACACAAAAAAUACCAUUCACGACCUUCUUUUUCAAGGAUUAAUAUUUCAAAAACUACAUAAAUACAGCCCAUUUCUGGGUGAAGUCGAUUUAUUGCGCUGAUAGCAUUAAUCAAAAAAACAAACAUGAGUCGCCAGUUAUGGCUGGUAGUACUCGUUGUGGCGAUAUCAGCCACAACAUUGAUGGCAACCACAACCACAGAAGAACCAUCAUCACACAAAUCAUUGCAAGAAGGUGAUAAUCGCAUUGAAACACCUUCAGAAGUUCCCAUCAAAGCCAAAAAACUUUCCACAUUAAAAAUUAAGAAACCAAUUAAUGCGACAACAACAAAUCGUCCCACAAAACCGGAAAAAGAUGGUUUGAGUAAAAAUAUCCCACUUGCAUCAGAUCCCAGGUAUAAUAAAAUGCUACCUGAAUCUGUUGAUCAUCUAAACGAUGUUCUAUCAAAUACAACAGAAAAGGAUGAUGAUGAUUACUACUAUGAUUAUGAAGAUUAUAGUUAUGAUGAAAAUUCUGAAAAUAAAACAUCAACAACAGCUAGUAUUGCUAAUGAAGAAGAAAUUAUUAAAAAACUAACAACAACAAGUACUGCAGCCACACCAUCAGCUGUUGUUAAAACCGAAAAGAUUCCAAAAUUGAAGCCAAUUAAGGGAGAAGAGAAGAUAACAAUGAAACUAAACACUGAACAAUCUCUUGAUGAUGGAGAAACUGACGACGAAGACGAUAACGAUAAUGAUAAUGAAGAUUUAGCUGACGAAGAUGACAAAGAAUAUGAUGACGAAGAUGAUGAUGAUGAUGAUGAUAUUAGCGACGAAGAAGAACUCAAUUUCAGUAAUGAAAAUGUACCAUGCCCAAGGGAUUGUGUUUGCGCUAGAAACAUCAAUAGCUACGUUUUUGCCACUUGCAGCAGACUUGAUUUGGAUAAACAAAAAUUCGGUCCAGGAAUUACUGAUUUAAUUGUUGCUGAUGUUGGUCCCAAAUAUCCAAUUCUCCUUGGACCAGAAUUCUUCGUUAAAAUCGGUUUGAAGUAUAUCUCAUCGAUCAAGAUCUCCAACUGUACCAUUGAAUACAUGCACGAGAAUGCUUUCCAUGGAUUAGACGAUUUGUAUUCAGUCAACUUGACCAAUGUCGGUCUGACAAUCAUCAAUCCAAACACCUUUGUUGAGAAUAAGAAGCUUCGUAUUAUGACCAUUUCUGGAAAUGAUCUUAGUGUCAUGUCUAAUGUCCACUAUUUAUUGAAGUCCGAAAGUAUUGAAGAUUUAGAUCUUUCCCGCAACAACCUUAUGGAAUUGAAACCACAUGCUUUCAGUGAACUUUCCAAAAUUGUAUACAUCAACUUGGCCAGAAACGAACUGAAGGAACUUCCAGAAGGCAUUUUCGACACCGUCGAAACCAUCGAAGAACUUGAUCUUUCAUACAAUGCCCUCAAAGUACUCCCCAGGGGUGUCUUCAACCGCACCGCCCUUGGUAUUCUUCAUUUGAAAUAUAAUGAAAUCUCUAGCGAUUUGAAUUUUGGUGCUAGUGAGCUACAACAAUUGGAUUUGAGUUAUUGUUCAAUUAAACAAAUUCAUCAUGGCAUGUUCGACAAAAUGACCCAACUUACCAAUCUUAAUCUUAAGGGCAAUGGAAUCACAAAAAUUCAGCCUGAUUCUUUCUUGCAGCUUAAGAAUCUUCGUCAUAUUGAUUUGUCCAUCAAUGAAUUGGAUCAAGUUUCAUCAUUGUUGUUCUAUAAGAAUUCUGAAUUGGAUGAUAUUCGUUUGAAUGAUAAUCCUCGUUUGAGUCAAUUGCCAACUGAUGGUUUCCAGAGUUUCAAUAAAUUCUUCAAUAUUCGUAUGUUGGAUGUAUCAAAUUGUGCCAUUGGUGCUUUGGGACACAAGACAUUUGCAACUAUGCCAAAUUUGGUAACUUUAAGACUUGCAUGGAAUAACAUCAACAAUCUUGGACGAGAUGCAUUUGCUGCUUUGAAUAAAUUAGUCGAACUUGAUUUGAGUAAUAAUUUAAUUGAUAAAUUAGAUGAUUUGAUCUUCAUGAAUAAUAAUGAUAUGUCCAAAUUGAAUUUGGCUGGUAAUCCAAUUAGAAAACUUCCAACUCGCCUCUUUAUGCCAUUCACCAAGCUUAAGGAGCUCGAUGUCAGUGAAUGUGAUUUGCAUUUCUUGCUAAAUGACAAUAGCAAUGGAAUGAGUCAUCAAUAUAAAUUCUUUGAAACUUUAAGGUCCUUCAAUGCUUCAGCUAAUCAAAUUAGAAAGAUCUCAACUGAAGAUAUUAAACCUUUCAAGAACUUGCGUACCCUCGAUAUCAGUCACAAUCCUCUAAAAUGUAAUGAAGAACUUAAGGGAAUGAUUGUUUAUGCAACAAUGAAGAAUAUCCUUCCUGUUAAGGUUCCAACUAUGGCCAAUUUGGAUGCUACCACAUUUACUGAGAAUGUUCGACCAACAGGUUGGGAUGAAUUGGCUCAAGAAGUUUGCAAACACAGUAGUGAUGCCUUCAAGCCUAAAGAGCAAACAAUGGAGGAAAUCAAGAAGGAUAUCCUUAAGGGUGAUGAUAUUGAUAUGCAGAAAUUAUUCUACAAACAAGAGCAACGGGAAGAACAACAGCUGAUUGAGAACGCAAAGAAGGCUGAAGAAGAGGAAAGGAAAUUGAAGGAAAUCAUCAAGAUGCAACAAGAUAAGAAGAUGGAAGAAGAAAAGAAAUUGCAAGAUGAUUUGGCUGAAGAUACAAGUGCCGAUGAAGAUACUGAAGAAGAUAAUGAUGAAGAAGAUACAUACGAUGAUGAUGAGGAAGACAAAGAAGAUGAAACUGAAUCAACUAAACCAUCGGUUCAUGAUCUUGGAUUCAAUGCUAAGGAAGUUGAUUUAUCGAGGGAGACCAAGGACAAGUUCUUGUUGAAUAAACUUCUUCUUGAUGGAGACAAUGAUGAAGAUGAUGAAGAUAACGAAGAUGAUGAUUCGGAAGAAAUUAUCAUUGAACGUGGUCGCAUUUACUACAAUGGCUACACAUACUUCAUUCCAGCACUCAUCAUGGUGACUUGUGUGAUAGUCUUUUUGUUGGCUAUUGGCAAAUUUGUUUCUUUGAUGAUGAGGAAACGUGGAGAACGUUAUCGUAUGGCUCUACUUGCAUCUAAGAAUUCUAUUGUCUACCAAAAACUUUCGGAAGAUAUUAUUAAAACAAAUCCAUGCAAGCAACCGAAGAUACAUAAAUAUUCGCCUAUUAAUCAAGUCUAAGCUUUUUAACUUGAAAUAACAAAAAAAAAAAGUAAAAGUAAAAGAAAAGCAAUGAAGAUGUUCUAAGCGCAACAAGAAAUAAUUUUUUUUUUUUAUUUGCUUUUUGUCAUUUAGUUUAGACCUUGUAUGAUAAAGUGUUUUUAUUUUUUUUGUGUAUUUAAUGAUAAUUUUAAGAAUUUUUUUGUUUUUCAAAAUUUAUGGCAGUUUUAAAAAACUAAAAACACGAAAAUAAUAAAAAAUAAAAAAACAAAGUUAAAAAGUUAUAUUUAUUUGUUUAAAUUUCUUUGUACUUAAUUUUACUAACAAGAAAAUUAAUAAUUUUUUUUCAAACUAAUACAAAAUAAACAUUCCCAAAAAAAGAAACACAUUGCAAAAAAAAGUAUCCGAUUUAUUAUUAUUUUAUAAAAAAGAAAUCAACUAACACAGGCGUCGUAUAUGUUGAAAAUUUAUAAUUUUUAAUUAGUUUUAAGGAUAAACAUAAACUAUAAAUAUAUUUUUAUAUAAAAUAGGUAUAAAUAAACAAAAACAAACAAAAAAAACAACAAUAUUUUGAUACACAUAAAUAAAAGAAACAAAAAUCGGGCGGUUUUUUAAAAUUUUCAAUUUUAUCUGUUCUAUUCAAGUUAGUUAAGUGCCAUGGCCCUUAAGUUUAGUGUAAACAGAAAUAAAAUAAAACAAAACAAAAAAAAACUAUUUAUGAAAUAUUUGUUAUUUUUUUUUUCUUUUUUUGGAAAUAUGAAAAAGAGUAAAAAUAAAUUGAAGAGUAUUGAACUAGAAAGGGCCAAAAGUAACAUGAUACAGAAUUAAACCACGCAUAUUUCAAAAAUAUUUAAAUUAAAAACAUAAUUUGAAUUUACCAUGUUAAAAGAUUCAAUAUGUUUUCAAAAACAGUUUUUUUUU